AUGCUGUCCCGACUCCUUCCUAAACCCUCACAGCUCCGACGUCUCACCAAUCUCUACCCAAAACCCCAAUCCUCUUCUCCUCUCCCGACUUGCCCUCCUACUUCCAGAUUCACUACAUUCUUCCGCCCUCUUUCCACCGGCGGCAACAAUGACAACGACGGCACCGGCAAGGGCGGCAGCUCCGCCUCCGACCUCUGGAAGCUUUCGUCGGACACCAGUAGCGGGUUCUCGGAUCCGUUCUUCACCGAGGUUGCCGGCGGAGAUGGCGGUGACUUGCAGGGGAUAUCCGACGCUCCGGGGCCGAAGGCGGCGGUCGAGAAGUGGGCAAUCGAGGAUGGGGGAGGCGUGAGUGCCGGCGGGGACGUUUUCGGGCAAAUUGAGAGCGAUGCGGGUUCAGCAGCUGGGACGAACAAUUGGGGGCCGUCAAAGGAUUUCAUGCCGUGGGACUUGAAGAACGCUGCGGGAGAGGAGAAGAGCGAGAUAUUUGAUCCGGGCUCGGUGUUUGGAGCUGAGAGCAGGACGGGUCCGAAUCGUGCAUUUGGUGAUCUCAUUGCGGAAUCUGGAAUCACGGAUGAAAUGUUGGACAGUUUGAUUGCACUGAAGGACUUCGAAGGGGUUGAAGGGUUGCCCACAUUGGGGGAGAUAGAGGACAUUCGAUAUGAAAAGAGUAGGAGGAAAUCCACGAGAGCUGAAAUGGAAAGGCAGAAGCAGGAGGAAAUUGCCAAGGCGAGGGUGAGACUAGUGGAUGACAAAGGGAGAGCUUAUGGAACAGGGAGAAGGAAAUGCAGCAUUGCCCGUGUAUGGAUCCAGCCCGGGGAGGGGAACUUUAGUGUGAAUGAGAAACAAUUCGAUGUCUAUUUCCCGAUGCUCGAUCAUCGUGCUGCACUUCUGCGGCCUUUCUCGGAGACAAAGACUCUGGGUCGUUGGGAUAUCGACUGUACUGUCAAAGGAGGUGGUGUUUCAGGUCAAGUUGGAGCUAUUCAGUUGGGUAUAAGCCGAGCAUUGCAAAACUGGGAACCUGACUUGCGGCCUCCACUCAGAAAUGGAAGAUCUGGUGGGUUUAGAGGAGGAAGGGGCGGUGACAGUGGAGGCCGAGGAAGGGGCGGCGGCGGCCGUGGCGGCGGGAGAUUCGGCGACCGUGGUGGGAGCGGGAUGAAGCCCCGUGGCGGAGGUCGCGGCGGUUUCGGCGGCCGUGGUGGAGGAAGGGGUCGCGGCCGUGGCGGAGGCGGAAUGAAAGGCGGGAGCAAAGUUGUGGUUGAGCCUCAUAGACACGAAGGAGUGUUUAUUGCCAAGGGGAAAGAGGAUGCCCUUGUGACAAAGAAUCUUGUUCCUGGCGAGGCUGUCUACAAUGAGAAGAGGGUCUCUGUGCAGAAUGAAGAUGGAACUAAGGUUGAGUACAGGGUCUGGAACCCCUUCAGGUCGAAGUUGGCAGCUGCAAUCCUUGGUGGUGUUGACAAUAUCUGGAUUAAACCAGGUGCUAAGGUUCUCUAUCUUGGAGCUGCAUCAGGAACUACUGUUUCUCACGUGUCUGAUCUUGUUGGCCCCACUGGGGUGGUUUAUGCAGUGGAGUUUUCUCACAGAAGUGGUAGGGAUUUAGUGAACAUGGCUAAAAAGCGCACGAAUGUUAUCCCCAUCAUUGAAGAUGCUAGGCAUCCAGCCAAGUACCGUAUGCUAGUAGGAAUGGUUGAUGUCAUAUUUUCUGAUGUUGCUCAGCCUGAUCAGGCUAGGAUUCUAGCACUGAAUGCAUCCUACUUCUUGAAGGCUGGUGGUCACUUUGUCAUCUCUAUCAAGGCAAACUGUAUCGACUCCACCGUGCCAGCCGAGGCUGUGUUUGAGAGCGAAGUGAAGAAGAUGACGCAGGAGCAGUUCAAGCCUGCCGAGCAGGUGACACUGGAGCCAUUUGAGAGAGACCAUGCUUGUGUCAUUGGUGCUUACCGAGUGCCCAAAAAGCAGAAGGCUUGAAGUGUUUUUAGGUUCAAUUGUGGCCUACUUUAAUAUUGUGGGAAUGUUUUGAGGACAUUGUAGCUUAGUUAUUAGCUUGGAUUCCCCCCUUGUUGGCUGGGGGGCUUGUAUCUGUAUAACUCAUUGAUCUUUUAAUGCGAGUCAUAAUUUUUAUGGGAAUGAAAUGCUGGUAUGUGAAGUUAUAUACUUUUUGUGUGAACUAUGUAAGUAUUUGCCGGUAUGCUGCUUUGCCCUAAUGUGAAACAGAUGCAACGUUCAGUC